AUGUCUCUUGACAAAGAAUCUGUUCUUGCCCUCGCGAACUCGAAAUACAAGAUCCCUCAACUCGGCUUCGGUGUAUAUCAAUCGCCGCCAGCCACAUGCGUCAAGUCGUGCUUGAAAGCCGUAGUAGCAGGCUAUCGCCACAUCGACACAGCGCAGUACUAUGCGAAUGAGACAGAAGUUGGGCGCGCGCGAGAGCAGAGCGGACUUCCGCGCUCAGAGCUCUACCUAACGUCCAAAAUCCUUAGUCCAGCCGAAGACGUGGAAUCGACAUACAAGAAGAUCGCUCAGAGUGUAGAGAAGCUUGACGGCCCGGCUGGAUAUGCGGAUCUGUUCCUCAUCCACAGCCCGAAUGGCGGUGCAGAGGACAGGUCACGCAUGUGGCAGGCACUAGAGCGGGCAAAAGAAGAGAACAAGGUGCGAAACAUCGGCGUCAGUAACUACGGUAUACAGCACAUCGAGGAGAUCAAGUCGAUUGGCAAAACUUGGCCGCCAGCUGUCAACCAGAUCGAGCUCCACCCUUGGUGCCAACAGCGUGAAAUAGUCGAAUACUGCAAGAAGAACAACAUCGUCGUCCAAGCCUACUGCCCGCUCGUCCGCAACGAGAAGUCGCACGAUAAGACGCUACUCAGUAUAUCUGAGAAGCAUCAAGUUGGACCGAACCAGGUACUGGUGCGAUGGAGUCUGCAGAAGGGAUAUGUUCCACUACCGAAGAGUGAUACGCCGAGCAGAAUCGUCAGUAAUGCCGACGUCUACGGCUUUGAGCUUGAUAAAGAGGACAUGGCCAAGCUGGAUGGACUGGACCAAGGUAAGAAGGGGGCCAUUGUGCAGGCCGUUAGUAACGAGUAG